CUGGUACUCUUGACCUGGUCGACUCGAUAUUAUAGUGAUAAUUGUUUUAUAAAUAUUAUUUAUGGUCAAGGAGAACUGGUAUGUGGUCAAGAGCCAUGAUAAGAGAGACAAAACGAGACCAAAAAUGAAGAUUCGACAGAGAACUCAAAGAGGAAGAAAACCAUAUAACAAAACAAGAAAGGAAGCAUUAACCAGACACGGAGUUAAUUGGUUAAUUGCUUGGAAUAUCAGAGGUCACCAGAUUCAACUUCUUUCUCACCAAAUGCCUUUUGGAGGUCCAGCUCUUCACCAUAGACAUGACAAAUCUCCCUCAGUAAGUAACCUCAGAGGACAAAGUCUAAUGAGUUUAAAUCAAGGGAUCGCGGAGGCCACGGUCAUGGACCUCUUCUACUCCUAG